AUGUCCGUUACGUUCACGGUCUGCCAGAAAGCAGCUUUAAGUGCCAGGUUUCUGCCGCGCUAUCAAUCCAGUCUGUCCCCUGCUCUGCAAAGACUACAUUCCAGCCUAAAAAAGGAUGAGCUUCUACCAGACAAUACUCCGGACUAUGUGCGUUUGAUUCUCAGAUCGUCUGUUUACGACGUUAUCGAAGAGUCUCCCGUUACUCGUGGUAUCGGUCUCUCGUCUCGAUUGAACACCAAUGUUCAUCUCAAGAGAGAAGACCUGCUGCCCGUGUUUUCUUUCAAACUGCGUGGUGCAUACAACAUGAUGGCCAAGCUGGCAGAGGUCUCAAAAAACAAACAGGGCGUUAUUGCAUGCUCGGCUGGAAACCACGCCCAAGGAGUGGCGUUCGCGUCCCGACAUCUCAAUAUGCCGGCCAUUAUCGUAAUGCCCGUGAGUACCCCAUCCAUCAAGUAUCAAAACGUGUCGAGACUGGGCGGUCAAGUCGUUCUGUUUGGUAACGAUUUCGACGAAGCUAAAGGUGAGUGUGCCAGAAUCGCCGAAGAAAGAGGUUUGGUCAACAUUCCACCUUUCGACCAUCCAUACGUUAUCGCUGGCCAAGGUACUGUAGCCAUGGAAAUUCUAAGACAAGUUCACAACGCCUCCAAGAUUAGCGCAGUUUUCGUUCCCGUCGGUGGUGGUGGUCUCAUUGCGGGUGUUGCUGCGUACAUCAAAAGAAUCGCUCCUCAUAUCAAGGUCGUCGGAGUCGAAACCUACGACGCUGCAACUUUGAAGAGCUCUUUGGACAGUGGCUGUAGGAACCCUCUAGCAGAGGUAGGAACUUUCGCUGAUGGUACUUCAGUGCGUUUGAUCGGUGAAGAGACCUUCCGUGUUUGCCAAGAUUUCGUGGACGAGAUGGUGCUGGUUAACACAGACGAGAUUUGUGCCGCAGUAAAGGACAUUUUUGAGGACACCAGAAGUAUAGUGGAGCCAUCCGGAGCAUUGGCAGUAGCAGGUCUCAAAAAAUACGUCACUCAAAUCCACCCCGACGUCGAUCACUCCAAGAAGUCGUACGUGCCAAUCUUGUCUGGCGCUAACAUGAACUUCGAUAGACUGAGAUUUGUAUCCGAGCGUGCCGUUCUUGGUGAAGGCAAAGAAGUGUUCAUGUUUGUGACUAUUCCUGACGUUCCUGGGUCCUUCAAGAAGUUGCAAAAAGUCAUCCACCCAAGAGCCGUUACCGAGUUCUCGUAUCGUUACAACGAGCACGCUGACUCCGCUGGCACGCCACAGGCACACAUUUACACGUCUUUCAGCGUUGUGAACCGUGAAAAAGAAAUCAAUCAGGUCCUCCAACAGCUGCACAAGCUGGGCUUUGAGGCUGUUGACAUUUCUGACAACGAAACGGCCAAGAGUCAUUUCAGAUACCUUGUUGGAGGUGCCUCCAAGAUGGAAAAUGAAAGAGUCGUAUCAUUUGAAUUCCCAGAACGUCCUGGCGCUCUCACGAAGUUCUUAGACGGCAUGAGCGAGUCCUGGAACCUAACUUUGUUCCACUACAGAAAUAACGGUUCUGAUGUAGGCAAGGUUUUGGCCGGUAUAUCAGUUCCCCCUAAAGACGACCACGUAUUCCAAAAUUUCUUGAAUGACUUAGGUUACAAGCACCACGAUGAAACGAACAACAUGGUUUAUCAGAAAUUUUUGAAGAUUUGA